AGAAGGUGUCAGUGUAGGCAGCCGGAAUGUAAACACCGAGCAGCGGCUAAAUGACCGCAGCUAACGUCAGACCCUGAAACUGCAUCUUUAAUAUAAAGAGGAAACCGGAAUGAUAAACUAUUUCCACGCUGUAGAGUUUUUGGUUGAUUCAGCCGUUUAUUGUGAGAUUCUAGCUAUCCAGCAACAGUAUUAGCGUGCUUACAUUUUGAGACCAAGCUAUCCAGCUAGCUAGCUUAGCCUCGGUUGAUCGUUAAGUCAUGAACUCUCUGGUUGGCUACGGAGUGUCCUCAGAGUCUGACAGCGAGGGAGAGGAGGACGUAAACAACGGUGCAGUAGGGUCCGUAAAGAAGCUGUGUGAUGAAGCAUCCAGUGGCAGAAAAACCCGCAACUUCAUGCUGGAGUCUGUUUCAGCUUCCAGUGAAUCAGAACCAGAGGAAGACUAUCCUUCUUCAUCACCACACCCCCAGAAACCUGCACCUCCUCCAGCCUGCCAUCCCACCCUGCCUGCUCCUUCCCUGGACUCCAUCACCUCCAAUAAGCUCCCUCCUCCUCCUCUGCACACCUGCUCUGGUAGCAGUGUGUUCACCAACCCUUUCAAGGCUCAGGCCGACCAGAAACUCAGUGCCUUGCAGAAACAUGUCCCCCUCACAAUGCAGGCCAAACCCUCCCAGAUAGGAGGCAAAAGGAUGUGUGUGGCAUACAGGAAAAAUGGAAGGUGCCGGUUUGGGAUCAAAUGCAAGUUUGCUCAUGACAGUGACCUCCAGUCUCUCACUGAUUUACCUGUGAGUGAAGAGACGCCGGAUCAAGAAGAGGCCCUCGCAAGCGGCUCAGGAUCCCAGAAGGAGACAAAAGAGGAAGAGUCAGCAGGCCAGCAGGGGAAGAAGAGGAGGGUUGGACUGAGCAACACCUUGAUUCCUCCUAAACGAGCUAUGAAGCAGUACGCCAUACAGAGGAACAAAGAGCAGCUCCAUAUGUCGUGAUGGAGGUUUUCGGAGCUGGGCUGACAUAAAAGCAAUACUACUGGGAUUAAAUAUAUUUUCUAAGUAUGUAUAUGUUGUAGGAAUUGUGCACUAUCUAUUUCUAGGACCCAUUAAUGACUCAGGCAUGCAUUUACAUUCAGUGGUGGUUACUACUUGCAUUCAGUAUUUACAAAUGAUAAAGUCCACAAAUAAAUAAUUCAAAUAAUUAGCUGCAACAUCAAAGUGGUGAACACAAAAUGUAUCAAUAGUUGUAUACCAGUAAUAUUACAUAUAUUGUUAUAAAAUUGGGCCUUCAGAGUACUUGUCCUUUUGGUUCUUAAAGUAUAUUUUAUUGCUUAUCAUUUUGUACUUUUACUGAUCUAACAUUUAAAUGCAGGACUCCUUAAUGAUGUUCUUAAACUCUCAGUGAAUACACUUUGGAUAAAUGUUAAGACAUUUAUUUACAUCUUAUAAAUGAACAUUGUUUGUUUGCUCUACCACACAUCCUAUAUCACUCAGCAGAGAGGUGCAGAUUUAGUAUGAACAUAUGCUCCAAGGUUUCUACAUAGCCUUGUUUUUUUUAAUAACAUUACACUUGAAAAGGUCAUUGACAAAAACAUAUUUUUAAUUGUCUAAUUCAAUGACUAUGCUUGCUGUUAUUUCAUGUGAGGGUUACAAUAUGCAAGGUCACCCUCUGGCUUACUAUAUGCGAGUAGUGCAUACAUAAUAUGGGUUAUUAUUCCUUCAAUGUCUACAGCCAAGCUUAAACAGCUGCCAGUGAAACGGGUUUAAUGACACUGCCAUAAAGCUAAAUAAUGCAUAUUUUGUGACUGUUAACAAGACUGUACAUUUAAAAACAUAUUGUGUCCAUUCCUUUUCAGGUUUUGAAAUGUUUAUCUUUGUCCGAUAGAUUUGUUAUUUUUUCGUUCAACCUCGCCAAAUAAAGGCUUUACAGUGAAAAAUGAAAAAAAA